UAGAACUCGGUUAAAGCCGGAGAAGGUUCCAAAUCAUCAACAUGGAAACUACCGAACCCUCUUAGAUCUGCUAAAAAUGUAGCAUUUACGAGACCUUCGCUUAUCCCAAGCACAAUAUAUAAGGUUUUCAAGACUAUAUUUGCUUUAAAGAUCACAACGGUGGCUAAAAAUCUCGUCCAGGUCUCGAAGGAAGGGGGUUCGAUCCCAACAUACACCGAACUAGUUGAACCUUGUCCUGUGGAAGAAAACGACGAAAUGGAGCGAGAAACUGCCUCAGUUGUCACUAGUAUUAUUGCUGGAGGGCUUUCAACAUGUUGUGCAAGAACAACAAUGGCUCCAUUAGAAAGGCUGAAAAUCCUGCUUCAGGCAAACAACCGACACUACAAGGGCAUGAAGGUGUUGACAGCUUUCAGGGCCAUUUACCACAAUGAGGGACUUCUUGCAUACUUUAAAGGAAAUGGAGCAAUGAUGCUGCGGACAUUCCCCUAUGGUGCAGUCCAGUUCUUGUCAUAUGAACACUAUUCAAAGGUCUUGCAAACAAGUUCCCCAGCGAUAAAUAAACUCGUAGCGGGUUCUCUAGCCGGCAUGACAGCAUGUGCGUGCACCUACCCUUUAGAUAUGGUUCGAUCCCGCCUGGCCUUCCAAGUUGCCCAAGACCAAGGCUACACCACUAUUACCCAGACAAUACGCUGCAUAUCGGUGAAAGAAGGUGGCCCAAAGGCCUUGUACAAGGGCUUUGUUCCGACUUUAUUGACAAUUGUACCAGCAAUGGGCAUUGGGUUCUAUAUGUUUGAGACAAUGAAGGCCUACUUCUUAGAGACCAGGAUAGCAUUUACCAAUACAAACCCUGAUACAUUAUGUCCAGAGCUCUCCAUUAUCGGUGGUUUUGUAUGUGGAGGCGUGGCAGGUGCAGUGUCUCAAACUAUUGCUUACCCUCUGGAUGUGGUACGGCGGAGGAUGCAGCUAGCAGGUGCGGUACCGGAUGGCCAUAAGUACAACACUUGCAUCAACACCCUUGUCAAUGUGUACAAGGAUGAUGGCAUCAGACGGGGCCUGUACCGUGGACUGUCAAUCAACUACUUAAGGGUUUGUCCCCAAGUGGCCAUCAUGUUUGGAGUUUAUGAAGUUACAAAACAAUUUCUUAAUCGGCAAUGAGUCAAUUCAGCUGUUAAAAAUUGAAAAGAAGUCAGGUAGACUCAACAACGCAGGCAAGAGAUCUUGUCCAGCCCGAGUUCCAGUGUACGUAUGUAUGUAUGGGUCUCUUCCAUCUUAGGUAUUCUGUUCAUUGUUCGCUGGCCCAGGAUAUUGUGCCAAGAAUCUUUGAUAGCAACGUCCAGCUUUGGACUAAUUGGUUCUUGUCUGUAUCACCUAUGUACUUUGAGGUUCUGUGAUGGUAGAUUGGGAGAUAAUUACCUAACCCCCUUAGAAGUGCUCCAAUAUAGUUUUUUUUCUUUUUUUUUAGAGGGGAGGGGGGGGUCGAGGUACAUUUUUUUGGAAUCGCACAAUAUACUGACAAGCAGUGUGCUGGCUCACGCUUGCUUGCUCCCGUGAAACCUUUCUUUCUUUCUUUUGAACGCCGUACUUUCCACCGCCAUAUUUAAUUCCAAGUAAUGCAAAUGAGCCAGAAGCACUGUUUUGUCUUCAUUUGCAUGCAUUUGCAUUGAAUACGGCUCAUGGAAAUUACGACGUUUGUUCAGGGCCUAAGGCUAAGUUUAAAUACCCUGGUCCCAGAGCCUCGUGCGUCUCUUUAGUGGUCAGCGAACCUCGCUGGCCACUGAAUAGAGAAACGCUCGAGGCUCUGGGACCAGGGGAAAGUUUAACUUGUUUCAGUGCAAAAACAUGGUCACUCUAGCUAGUCAUAUCUCGCUUUAAAACCAAUAUGUUAUAACGUAUAGUGAUUUUUUACCGCUGCUGGUCAGUUGUAAAAAAAAUACAGAAUUAUACAGAUUACAAUGAAUAUAAUAUGCACGAUAUUUGCGAAUAAACGUUUUUGAACGCA